AUGUAUUCAUUCAUCCAUCCAAUGGCGUCCUCCUAACUCCAAGCUAGGCGCCACAUGGAGCAAGUUGCAGUAUUAAAACAGAGGAGAUCAUCGAUCGAUAUUCAGAGUAGUCACUGAAAACAGGGGAUAUUACUAUUACGUUGAGAAUGGAGAAGAAGAAGGCUCUGGUGGUGGUGAUUUUCUUGAGCGCGCUGCUGCUCUGUAAUCAUCUGGAGCUCUGCAGCGCACAGGACUAUGAUGAAUUCAGGUGUCGAGAAACUUGCACCAUGCUUCACUGCGAUCAAUUGCCUGAUGCGAGGAGCAGGGAUCGGUGCGAUAUCAAGUGCGAAAUCCAAUGCAGGCCA